CACGAAAGCUCAUGCUCCAAAACUUCUGUUAGUCUAUAAGGUGCCACAGGAUUCUUUGCUGCUUUCCCCUUGGGAGGUUAUUCCACAGCUGUCCACCAGGGGGUGACACUCUCCAAGGCCAGGCUCCGUGGGCCCGCAGAUGCAGGGCAAAUAUGGCAGAAUCUGGACCAGUUGCCUCCGAGCUCCGCAUGACUCACUUCCAGAGCCAGGGAGAGACCCCAGGCAGCCCCUCAUCACCACCACUAAACCCUCCCCCCCGAGCUCAUAGCAGGUGGAAAAAGCCCAGGAGUCCUGGUCCCAAAGCCCCCCCAAACACAAGACCCCACUCCUGUCCCGGAGCAAGGAAAAGAACCCAGGUCCCCAGCCUCCCCUAUUCUGAGCACUAGAGCACCCCCUGCCCCAGCCAGGAAGAGAGAGAACCCAGGCGUCCUGGUCCCCAAACUCCCCUGCGCUAAUCACUAGAACAGCCCCUGCCCCAGCCAGGAAGCAAGAGAACCCCGACAUCCUGCCCCGCCCCGAAGGAAGCCCGGCCCUGCCCUUUAAUGGCAGUACAGUUGGGAGGAGCCGGGCGGCCGCUUCCCCUCCCUUUUAGCUACGACAUCCCGUUUGCGGGCGGGCCGAGCGGAUCUCCGGCCCGGGCAAGGCUCCGGGCUCCCUGCUGGGUGGAGGCGCAGCGCCUUGGAGAGGGGCGCGGGGCCCCGGGAGCGCAGCGCCUUGGAGAGGGGCGCACGGCCGCGUCUCCACUCCCAGCGCCGGCUCUCAACCCCCCCAUUGCCGGAAUCGUCCCACGGGCACAUUCCCCUGGCACCGAUGUCUUCGCCACCCCUCAAGGCUUCUUCAUCGUCCGCUCCGACGUGGGCUGCUUCCUCCAGGCGCCCGAGUGCCACUCCCCUGAGGCCGUGGAGAUCUGGAGCCUGCACCCUGCCUGCCGGGGUGGGGAACACUAUGUGGGCGACGCUGCCGGGUCCUCCGUCUGCAUUCUCCAGGGGAACCCGUUCCACCAAACUAUGGACCUGAGUGCCGCCCCCAGCCCCGAUGCCCUCCCCCUGCACCCUAUGUGCUGUGGUGGAGACCACUAUGCCUCGUGGAGCAGCCGCUUCUCCGUCAUCUUCCUGGCCCGCAGCGUGGUUCUGUCUGUAGCUGACCUGACCAUGGGGGUCGAAGCAGAGGAGAUGCCCCUGAAGCUUGCGUCCUGCCAUGGACUCUACUACUACGCAUGUGAUGCUACCCACCUGGCUUUCCUGGGUGUGGAUGCGCAGCGGGGGCUAUACAGCCAGGUCUUCUCUAGCUCGGGCCACCAGGACGUCCUCCCAUCCACGCAGACGUGACCAGCUUCCUCCCUGGCGGCCUGUCCCUGGUCCACAGGGGCACCUUCGGGGCAUGGGAAUGCAUCAAGCUGAUCCAGAAUGAGAUGGACGGGCCGCUCCCUGGCAGCCACCAGAUAACCCGGAAGGCGGGAUGCAUGGAAGAGAAAUUGGCCAACUGGACUUUCUCCACGGCCAGUUCCCCGGAGCCUGCAGACCUUUCAGUGGCCUUGCUCCAGGCCCAGUUCUCCCUGCCCCCCGCCUAUGGGGGGCUGGGGCUCAGGACGGAGCAGGAGGAGUGGGAGGCCAUGGCUGAAGAGGGAGAGGAGCUGCGGAUCAUUCUUCAGCCCCGGCAGAAGCUUUACUGGUGGCAGUAUCACCUGGGCUUGGGGAACCGGCCUAUACUCUUCUGCCGCUGCCUCAAGGUGACUCGUAGCCCCGCGUCACCUGACCACCUCCCGCUGCCCUGGUCGGACUCAGGGGACGCUGGCGUCUGACUGGGGAAGGGAGGCUGGCAGUAGGGGAAAGGUUAAUGUUGUUGCUGAAUAAAUGAUGUUCUAUUGUA